GUGGUGGUGCUCCUGGAAGUCCUGAGCUGGGGUCGGCUGGAAGAUGACCGAAUAUAAGCUGGUGGUGGUGGGAGCUGGUGGUGUUGGAAAGAGUGCUUUGACGAUACAGCUCAUUCAGAACCAUUUCGUUGACGAGUAUGACCCCACGAUAGAGGAUUCCUACAGAAAGCAAGUCGUCAUCGAUGGAGAGACCUGCUUGUUAGACAUCUUGGAUACCGCAGGGCAAGAGGAGUACAGUGCCAUGAGAGACCAGUACAUGAGAACGGGGGAAGGAUUCCUCUGCGUCUUCGCCAUCAACAACACCAAGUCCUUUGAAGAUAUUCACCAGUACAGGGAGCAGAUCAAGAGGGUGAAAGACUCCGAUGAUGUUCCCAUGGUGCUGGUGGGAAAUAAAUGUGACCUACCAGCCCGGACAGUUGAGACCCGGCAAGCGCAGGACCUGGCCCGGAGUUAUGGGAUCCCCUACAUAGAAACAUCUGCCAAAACCAGACAGGGCGUUGAAGAUGCCUUUUACACCUUGGUGCGGGAGAUCCGUCAGCACAAGCUGCGCAAGCUGAAUCCCCCCGAUGAGAGCGGCCCCGGCUGCAUGAACUGUAAAUGUGUGAUAUCGUGACUACGCUGACUGGACCGUGUCUUGGAGAGGUUCCCACUGUGCAGAAUGCAAGGCAAGAGGUGAAGCGAAGGAAGAAGCAAACGGAUUCAGGGGAGAAGUAUAGGGGGAGGGGGAGAGGAGGAGGAGGAGGAGGAAGAGGACAGGGGGAGCAUGAGCCCCUCCAAGGACUAUCUCGCACUUCACCCAAGCCUGCGGCAAACGACUUUUUUUUCUUUUUUUUUCUUUCCCCAACCCCUCCUCCUUUGGCCUCCUCCCACCCGGCAACUGUACAAAGCCACAGAUUGAAUCACAGUAAAUUAUUAUUUGAUGGUCUCGACAAA